GGAGGGAGUAUGGCACCGGAUCCCUCCAAUGCGGCCUCCUGAGCGCGCGAUCUCGAUUACGCAGCGCCAAGAUCAUUGAUAUUUCGGUCUUGAUCCAGGGAUUUCGCCAUGGAGGAGCCUCAGCGCCAACAGGAUCGUCCUCCAGUGGCGCCUCUCAAGGUACCUCCGCGCGCUACUCGAUCUGUGUCCUUCAGCCAUUCGGUGUUCUCGCCCUCCCCAUCGCCAUUCCCUCCAUCGUCGUUUCCAUCGCCUUCUCCCACGCCUCGCCCCCGCCCUAGGCCGCCGGAAGCCCCCGCCUGGUUCUUGCUACUCGUCUUCCACACUCUGCCUCUCUACGUCGCUCACUCGUGGCUCUCAGCGCAUUCUUCGUCCUCGUCGCCCUCCACCACCGUGAUCUUCACAUUCCUCGUCUUGCUCGCCUCCUCCAUCAGCUUCGCGCUCCUCCAAGAGAAGCAAGCGCGGACCCUGCGACGCUCGUCCAUAGCUACGUCGCAGUGGAUUCUUCUCGCUGCCAAUGGAUUGCUCCUCGCACUCUCGGUCUUCCUCAAGCUGGAAGCGGUGCGAUCGUGUGGGCCGCUGAUAGCGAUUCUUGGUCACUAUGCGGGGUCCGUGCUAGGCAGAUUGGUUCUCGGGAAGAACGCAAAGAGAAAAACACUACGUGGUGUUUUGCUCACAGUUCUCGGGCUUGUUCUACUAUCACAAGGCUGGACAGUGGAAUCGUGCUCGCCUUUGGCGAUCAAGGACAGGCUGAGGAUUUUGAUGCCGCCAAGCAGUGGAAAGGUGGCAGCGGCAGAGACGUCCCGAUCAAGCUGUGGAAACAGGCCAGUUUGGAUACCAAUCUUAUCCGGCUUGCUGAGCUACGUCGUCCAACUCGUGUCAACCCGGACGUCCCUCCGGAUGAUCACCAAGAAACGUGUUCAUGGCCUGUCUAGCAUCUGCGCUACGCUGCUCAUUCUUCCUCUGGCACUCCUCCAGCUCGAGAGUUUCUUCGUGGCACACGCUUCCGCUUUGUGGCCGGCGGGUAGCAUGCUGGUUCUCGGACUUGCUCGAUCGAUCAUGGGAGACUUUUACUUCGAGGACAGGCUGCAAAUGCCGGCAGGGACUUCCAGGCACUUGUUCAUCACCUUUUCCUGCGCGUGUCUACUGGAGCUUGUGUUCGGGCUGGAUAUUUCUCCGCUGGGAUUCCUCGCAUGCUCGGCCAUCUUCUUCUUUGCUGUGCGGGAAUCCUCUGGGACCAGCCCCUCUUUUACGUGGGAUUCCAUCGCAGAAAAGGAGGCCUCGGAGUCUUUCGUCAAGGGCCCGCUUCGGUACAUUGCAGCUGAUCGAAAGUCGAGGAAGAUCGCGUUUUUCCUGGCCAUGAACGCGACUUUUAUGGUGGUGGAAUUCGUCUCGGGUUUUAUGAGCAACAGUUUGGGACUCGUCUCCGACGCCUGUCAUAUGCUCUUCGACUGCGCAGCACUGGGCAUCGGGCUGUAUGCCUCGUACAUUUCCAAGCUUCAGCCAAACGCAGUCUUCGGCUACGGGUAUGGCCGUUUCGAAGUUCUGUCGGGCUACGCGAACGCCGUGCUGCUGGUGCUGGUCGGCUCCCUUAUAGUGCUCGAGUCCAUCGAACGAAUUCUGGACCCUCCAGAGAUUUCUACGGAGAAGCUGUUGCUGGUUUCUGUUGGAGGAUUGCUCGUGAACCUCGUGGGGCUCGUUUUCUUUCACGACGAGCACCACCACGCACAUCAUCCCCAUUCUCACGGGCAGCAUCAAUGUGAUCAUGGACACAGUCAGAAAAAGCUGAGCAGAGAGUUGAGCAUCAAACUCGAGGUGGAGGAGGAGCACCAUUAUCAUCAUUUGGAUUCUUCUCAAGAACAUCAUCAGGAACACCAACACUCGACUGACACGGGUCACGAGCACCAUUCUAGCCAUCAUUCGCACGAUGACCACAACCACGAAGACGGGCAUAAGCAACACUCUCCGGGCAGUGAGACUCCAGAUCAAAGCAGACAUGAAGAAACUUGCAGCCACCACCACCACCACCAUCGCCACCAAGCGAACCACGUCCACAAUCACCUCGACGGUCAUCACCAGCAUGACCAUCGCAAAGAGGAGGACGAGCAGCACGAGAACGAGCAUGACCAUCAUCACCACCAUCACCACCACCACAUUGAUCACAACAUGCGGGGGAUUUUCUUGCACGUCCUAGCGGACACACUGGGCAGCGUCGGGGUGGUGAUCUCUACCGUCUUGAUACAGUACAAGGGAUGGAUGCUCACGGAUCCAGCGUGCUCCAUUUUCAUCUCGGCCAUGAUCAUCGUCUCCGCGGUCCCGUUGCUGACUAACUCCGCGGAGAUCUUGCUGCAAAGAACACCCAGAUCGGUUGAGAAACGGCUGCACGAGGCGCUGGAGCGGAUCCGGCACGUCGAAGGUGUUGCUGGAUUCGAGCGGAUGCACGUGUGGAGCUGCACAAACAGCGAAAUCGUAGGAAGCUUGCACUUGCACGCUUACACGGCUGACAAAAAUGGAGUUCGAGACAAAGUUGCACGGCUGCUCAACAAAGCUGGGAUCACAGAUUUGACGGUCCAAGUCGAAUCUAUCUGAGGCACAGAGGCGACAAUUUGGACGCGCACUGUGGAGCGUCGCUUUCGUGUUUGGAUGGCGAAUCACCAAAAGCUCGUGGAGUUUUGUUUGUAAUUUACGCAAACCGAGUUUUUUUAUUCAAACUUGGUGAGCUAUUUUGUUCCCUUGGA